AGUUCCCACUCCGCAGAGAGAGUUGCAGCGUGAGGGAGACAGAGAGAGGAGAAGACCGGAGCAACACCACCUCCAUCAUCCCACCGGCCCGGUACCACCACCACCACUCCUCCAUUCACCAACCCCAACCGUGAAACCACCAUCACCGGAUCACCUCGUCCAUAACCACCACCAACCGGGUCCUCACCACCGUACAUCCUCACCGCAACCGAACAAAACCCCCGAAGUCACCAUCACCUCACACUCCAAGCAACAUCACUGCCGUACUCACCAUCGUUUUAGCCUAGCUCCGCCGCCGCUCCGACCCGCCAUCAAAUCUCUCCGAAAACCUUUUCGCCGGACAAGAGACAACAACAUUUUCGAGAAGUCCUUCGGCCACUUGAGACGCGAAUAUGACGAAGUGCAUCCUCAAGAGUGAAGCCCUCACAAAGUACAUUUUGGAAACUAAUGCCUAUCCCAGAGAGCAUCCCCAACUCAAGGAUCUGAGAGAGGCAACUGUUAAUAAGUACAAUAAAUGGAGUACAAUGAGCGUGCCUGUGGAUGAAGGACAACUUAUUUCGAUGCUUCUAAAGAUCAUGAAUGCCAAGAAGACAUUGGAGAUUGGUGUUUUUACUGGUUAUUCUCUCCUUGCUACAGCUCUUGCUCUUCCGGAUGAUGGCAAGGUAGUAGCGAUUGAUCAAGACAAAGAAGCUUAUGAGGUAGGAUUGCCAUUUAUUAGGAAGGCUGGUGUGGAGCAUAAGAUCAACUACAUUCAUUCCGAUGGCAUGAUCACUCUGAACAACCUCCUUAAAAACGAGAGACAAGAAGGGGAAUUUGAAUUUGCAUUUGUGGAUGCUGACAAGGAGAACUACAUCAAUUACCAUGAGCUUCUGUUGAAGUUGGUUAAGGUUGGAGGUGUCAUAGCAUAUGACAACACUUUGUGGUCCGGCAGAGUUGCCCCUUCUGAGCAUGAUGAACAAGUGGAGGACACAGCAAGGGAUGCGUUGAGAAAGUUGAAUAGUUUCCUGGCUUCGGAUUCUCGCAUCGACUCAUCGCUUGUCUCCAUUGCCGAUGGUCUCACCCUCUGCAGGCGCCUCCGUUAGCCAAAAGUUUGUUGCACUAUAAAUUUCUCAGCGGAAUACAUUCCAGUUUAGGAAUGUUCUAUCUAUGUGAGUUUUACGUACGGCAUGGGCCUUUACUUUAGAUGUUGUGCCAAAAUAAGAGCUCACGUUCUCAACCUUUGAUUACUGUACUCAAGUGUCAAGCAAGCACGUACUGACUUCACAUGCUAUUAAUAUACAUCUUUAUAUUGUAGGUGCA